UGUGCGUAAAAGUUCAGGUUAAGAACAUUUCCAUUUUUACACUCUCAAUCGUUAGGGGCUCUCUUUCAAGGUUCAAGAACUGUCGUAGAGGCCGAGGAAACGCUUUUCGAACUCAAGAUGAACAAUUAUUCCGAUCAUAACGUCAGCGGUCAUCAAGAACCUCUAUUCGGUUUCUCCCCGUAUUUCGUUUACCCACUCGCCUCUUUGUGUAUUCUUAUCGUGGUUGUGGCCAUCAUUGGCAACCUGAUGGUCUCUUACGCUAUCCUUGCCAACAGAAAUCUCCGUAACAACCCAACAAACCUCCUUCUUUUGUCUUUGGCAGUCUCGGAUCUUCUCACCGUAACUCUUGCUGUGCCAUUUGACAUUGAGGCACUUUUUCUGAGUGGAGAGUGGAAACAUGGAAAAACAAUGUGUGUGACCUUUCUGACGGUUUACCUCAUCACUGUACCAACCUCGAUUUUCACGCUUCUGGCUAUCAGCGUGGAUCGCUACAAGACACUCAAGGAUCCUCUUGGUCGCUUUCGACGCUCGCAACUCAUAACUAAACGAAGAUCUCUGAUUGUAAUCGCUCUCAUUUGGUCUUACUGCAUUUUGUGGGCGCUCCUUCCGAUCAUAGGAUGGCGAGAUAGAAGUGUUGAGCCAAUUUAUAAUGGUGCUUGCUCGGUGCAUUAUACCAUUGUCUACAAUCUUCUUACUUCUAUCAUGAAUUUCAUCUUUCCGCUCCUUCUGACGUGUGGGUUUUACAUUCUCAUUUACCUCAUCGCUCGCAAGCACCACAAGGUUACCAAAACAGGCGGCUUCCCCUCAACUUUUAAGCCAACCAAAGAAGAGGGCAAGAUGUACACAAAGAACAUAAAAGCAGCCAAAACAACCGCGAUGUUUGUAGUUGUCAUGUUUCUCUGCUGGCAGCCUUUCACCUACUUCAGCAUUGUCGCUAAUCUCAUAGGUGAUACAUGGGAGCCAUAUCCCUUUGAACUUUAUAUGGUUCUACUCAUGCUCGGUUACCUUAAUUCGGCGCUCAAUCCCUUUCUGUUCGCCUUCCGUAACAAGAGAUUUCAAUCUGUGUAUCGCAAACUGCUCAGGUCGAUCACACUGGGUCAGUUUAAUUCACUGGGUACAGUGCGCCAACGUUCCACCUUUUCACAAAGCACCAGCAAUUCACAGAUCGCAGAAGAGGAAAACAGAGUGGUGCGUCUCCAGUCGAUAAAAUCGAAGCAGUGACGUGUCAUCAAUUUUGCAUCCUCCUAAAGCGAUUUGGGCCACCAAACGUUACAAGCUUUCCGUUUAAAAGCUGCGUUUAUGUAUCUGAUGGUCGCUGAUUUGUUUCUUGUUUACCAAGCAGAACUGAUAACAUUAUCGACAGUAAAUGAGCAGAAUGUAACAAAGUUUUGGAUAUAUUUCGCGCUCGAAAUUUGAUUGAACCUUUAUUCUUGUAUACUCUAACAUCAGCAUGCAUAUUCUCCAUCAUACUGUUUUCUAUAUAUAAGAUUCCUUAGGUGCUGACAAGGCGAAUUUGUUUAACGAUCAAAAGCUUCUUUAGUUGGUGAUCAUUUCCUUUAUUCUCAUUAGCUUCAUGUGUGUUUCAGGAUUGACAUUGCAAUGAUAAAUUAGAUACUUAGGGGGUCAAGGACUUAAGACAUAAAAAUUUGAAGCCAUUCGUGUUCAAGUAGGACCCAGGCGGGAACUUUCAAUCUCUCACUGAGGUUUAGGAAACCACGUUACACUUGUUUCAAAUUUCCUUUCCGGCUAUAUAACUGCUGGGAGUCGCUGUCAACAGGCCACACUAAGGUGUCUCAUCGAUCAGUUAUGGUAGAUUUGAACACAGCCUUGUUACGUCAGUGUUGGUGUAGUUAUUACAUCGCGUUUAGGGACCAGUCAUCAGGGAGUUUAAGAAAACCACCGCGACAACGGCAACUGGAACGUCGCAAAACAAAAGGUUUAAUGAGCAGAAUUAUAGCUUUGCACAUGCGUCAUAAAUCUUUGUAAAUUUCCUUGCGUCCUCUGCAAAACAAAGUGAAAUGGCCAAACUUUGUGUUGUCUGGAGAACGUGAACGGCGACGGUCCUUUAAUCAGAAGCAUGUAAAAACCGGUGUAUAAGCCGCGCAUUUGUGCCCAAAAAGGUGUGCGGCUUUCCUCCAUCUGAGACCUGCUAUAUGGUAUAUGCUUCUGGUUUCAUAACUUCGUAAAAAAAGGAAUUACAGUAAUAUGUCGAUCAUAUCCUCGUUACUUUAUCUUGAACCAUUUUUAAAGCACAUGUGACAAAUCUGUUUUACCCAAAACUGACUAAACUGUACCUGUUAACUUGUCAGAUUUUCAACAGUUCAAAUUGUAUUGCUAAACUAAGCCAAGAACAGUUAAGCAGCAGAAAUGAUUAGCUUUUAAGAUUUGGGUGGCCAUUAAAUGUUGACCAGGAAGCAAAACCCGAAAACAAUCUAUAAUAAACAAGUUAUUGAGCUUUAGCUUGGAUAAAAAACAAAACCAAAAACAAAAACAAAACAAAAACAUGAAACUAGUGUGAUUUCAAGUCUGUGCCUAAUUUUACCUCACUUAGUCCAAUCACAGGUAGACAGCCCUUUGGGGCCUACCUCUAACGUUUGCUAUCUUUUGCAAUGGUCAAUCUCGGUUUGUUUCAAGUGAUCCGGCUGGAGAUAUCUUUUAAAAAAAAAAUACGAUUUGUAUUCUUUGUUCUCCUAAAUUCGCUUAAUUCGCUCUAUUAAUGUUGUGACAAAUAAAACACUCUAGUCUUACCA